AUGUCAGAAGAAGGAAAAUCACUUCCACCAGGAACACGUGUUUCUAUCAAUGGUAAACCUGAAUUAGGUUUAGGUACUGUUAAAUAUUGUGGUAUGACAAAAUUCAGUCCUGGUCGUUGGGUUGGUAUUGAAUUAGAUAGUGCUGCUGGUAAAAAUGAUGGUACAGUUCAAGGUGAAAGAUAUUUUGAUUGUAAACCAGCACAUGGUUUAUUCGUUAAACCAAAUAUGGCAGUAAUUGUAGAAGAACAACCACAAACACAAACACAACCACAACCACAACAAACAUCAAAUAUUGAUGAUGGUAUUGAUGAUUCUAAACUUAUGCCAGCACCAAUCACUACACCAUCAAAAAUAGCUGCAACAUCUGGUAUUAGACCACCAUCAUCAACUGGUAUUAGACCACCAUCAUCAUUGGGUAAAGGUAGGCCAUCACUAACUGGUUCUUCUUCAACAACCUCAUCAUCAUCAUCAUCAUCAUCAACAACAACAACAACAACAACACCAACUUCAUCAAUUAAAAAACCAAGUGAAUCUGGUAUUAGAAGACCAAGCACUAUUCCAUCAUCAACUACAACUACAACUAGUACUACUUCAACUUCACCAACUUCUACCUCACCACUUACAUCACCACCACCAGAAAAGAAAUCUGAACCCUCACCACCAACUACAACUACAAUUUCACCACCACCACCAACUGUAGUUGAACCAACACCAAUAGAACAACCACAACCAACACCAUCUAAAAUUUCAAGACCACCAUCAUCAGCUUCUUCAAGACCAACUGGUAUUCCAAAACCAUCAGGUUUAAAAGAACCAACUCCAACUCCAACACCAACACCAACACCAACACCAACACCAACACCAACACCAACACCAACACCAACACCAACACCAACACCAACACCAACACCAAUAAUAACACCAAAUCCAACUAUAACUACAACAACAACUCCAAUACCAACACCAUCAACACCAUUACCACCAUCAACAUCAAAUUCUAUAACAUUAACACCACCAUCAACACAAAAGAAACAAUCAAAAAUUAUUCAAGGUGAAGAUGAAGAAGAAGAAGAAGAAAUUAAUGAUUUAUUAAAUAAAUCAUUAGCAACUGAAAGAAUGAAUCAAGCAGUUCAAGAGAAUAUUGAUAAGAUGAUGACAACUAUCAAUGACUUAAAAGAGGAUAAAAACAGAUCACAAGAGGAGAUCAAUAGUUUAAAGGAUAGAUUAAAGGAAGCAGUAGCCAGUAAGGAUAAACAAAUCAAAGAGAAUGAAAAACAAAUCAAAGAAAAUGAAAAACAAAUUCAACAAUUAGAGAAAACCAUAGCGAUCAAAGAGAAAGAAAAUGAAAAUCUUUUGAAAACUCAACAUCGUAAUGAGGAUAAAGAGAAAUCAGAGUUUGAAAAGGAGAAACAAUCCCUAUUGGAGCAAAUUUCAAAUCUCAAUGAAAAUCUCGAACUUUUAACACUCGAUAAAGAAGUUACCGAAGAGAAAUUAGAAAUGACCGAAUUGGAAUUUGAACAAGUCAAAGAGGAAUUAGAGAUGAUGCGUAUCGAAUACGAUAGUUUGAAAAUCCAAUUGGAUGAGAAACCAACUCGUUCAAUCGAUGAAAGUUUACCAACCGAUGUAUUGGUAUUACAAGAACAAAACGAUAAAUUAAAAGAGGCAUUGGUUAAACUACGUGAUAUCACAAUGAAUGAUAAACAUGAACUCUCAAAGAAAACCAAAGAAUUGGAAACUCUCUCAAAACAAGUUCAAUCACUAACAGAGAAAUCAAAUAAAUUGGAGAUGGAGUUAUCAAUAAAGAUAGAAGAGACCUUGGAAUUGAAGUUAGCAUUGGAGGAUGCCGAAGUCAGUGAAUCGUUAAUCACCGAUCUUACAGAUAAGAAUCUUUCAUUGAAUGAAGAAUUGGAGGAAUUAAAAGUAUCAAUUGCAGAUUUAGAAUCAUUUAGAGAUCUUAGUGAAGAGUUGAGUGAAAAUCAAGUUGCACUGGAGAAAUCAUUAAGAUUGGAGGUCAAUUCAAAGGAUAUUGAAAUUUUGAAUAUUCAAAGCCAAAUGACCAAUCUUCAAAUUAAAAACCAAGAGAAUGAAAAAACCAUAUUACAAUUCCGUGAUCUCGUUGGUAGACUUCAACAUAAAUUGGAAGAGAUGAGAAGAAAAGAAGAGGAACAAUCGGAACAUCAACAUUCAUGGUCAGCAAUUCAACAACAAUUGUUAAGUAAAAACAUUCAAUUACAAAAUCAAAUGAUUAAAGCAACCGCAUUGGAAAUCGAUCACCAAUUGGAACAAUCUAAAUCUGUUGAAUCUCAAGUUCAUUUAGCAUUUGUUUAUGAAUAUUUACCAGAACAAACCUUCCAAUUGGAUAAUGAUGCUAUUAAAAUGUUAUUACUCUUAAAGAGAAUCAUAUUGAAAUCGGAAUUAGCUCAAAAAUAUUUAAAUCGUACUUAUAAAGUUGAAGAGAUUGGUAAUAAAGUUGCUGGUGGAGAUAGUGAUCAAAUGUUGUUAACAAGUGGUCAAGUUGCUCAUUCCCUAUCUAUCAUUCAUAUUUUAGAGCAUUUAGCAAUCUCUACAACUUGGUUAACUGAAACUUUAGAAAGAUCAUCUUCUGAUCAAUGGUUAAGAUCUGGUAGAUCAAUUAAGGAUAUGUUAAAUCAAGAAAGAAUUUUAGAUAAUUUAUUACAAUUAAUUAAAUUGGAACAAUUUGGUUCAUCUUAUUCAAGUACUGAUUUAGAAAAACUUUGUCAACGUAUUGAUUCAAUUUUAACAAAUAUUUUUGGUAAUAUUACAAAUUCAACAAAUGACAGUGGUUCAAAUAAUACAUCCAGUAAUAAUAAUAAUAAUAAUAAUGUUGAUCAAAUAUUUAAACCAGAAUGGUCAAUACUUUUAAAUUAUAUUUUAGGUAUUCAAUAUAAUAUUAAACAAAUUAUGUUAAAUGAUAUUAAUAUUACAACUACAAUAACUCAUAAUGACCAAUUUAUUUUCCCACAUAAAGAAAUGUCAAAAGUUUUAUCAGUUUGUCGUAAAGUUGUAAAGAAUCUUUUAACUAAACCAUACCUUUCACAAUCAUCAAUUGUACGUGAUUUACUUAAAACCUCUGAACAUACUUGUAAAUCAAUACUUUUAGAGUUGGUACAAUCUUUACCAAAAAUUCAAGAUGAAUCAAUUAAUAGUGGUGGUGGUGGUAGUGGUAGUGGUAGUGGUAAUUUAAAUAAUAAUUUAAAUGAUUUAUUAAUAAAGAUUCAAGCAAGAUCAGAUCUUAUCAUUAGUAAUUCAAAUUCUUUAAAUAAGAAUAAUGAUGAAUUCUCAAAUGAUGAUUAUCAAGAUCAAGAGGAAUCUAAACUUUCAUCUUCAUUGGAGAAAGUAUUCUAUCGUAUGAAUGUACAAUUGAGUGAUGUAGUUGAAACUAUUAUCGCUGGUGAUUUGAAUCUCUCUGAAAAGGAUAAACAAGCAUUAACCAAACAAAGUCCAUGGGCUGAAAGAGCUAAUCAAUUAAAACAAUCCCUUGGUGAAGUGGGUCAAUUACGUGAUAUCAUUCAAUCAAAAGAUGCUGAACUAUUAGAGAAUCUUAAAACUAUCAAAGCAAAAGAAGCUGAAUUAAUCGAAGAGAAGCGUAAAGAGGAAUCAUUUGAUAAAAGAAUUCGUAUACUUCAAAAAUCAGAGAAUGAAGUCACUGAAAAAUUGGCAAAAGAAAUUAAAUCACGUGAAGAUAAUGAAAAGAAUUUCCGUCAAGCCCUCAAUCUAUUACGUAAUGAAAAGAACUCACUAGAGCAUGAUUCAAAGAAUAUGCAAAAUAAAAUACUUGCUCUUCAACAAGAAUUACAAAAGAAAUUAAAUACUCCAUUAUCUCCAAUGAUUGCCAAUCAAGAGUUACUUCGUUCUGUUGAUGAUAUCAAUGUAUUAUCCCUUAAAAAAGCUAUUAGAUUCUUAAGAAAUGAAAAUUUGAAAUUAAAAUCUCAAAAAUCUAUUAAAGAAUUAUGUGAAUUAAAUUUAAUUCAAAAUUAUAGACAUCAACAACAAAUAAAACAACAACAACAACAACAAUCAAAUAAUUCAUCAACAUCUUCAACUUCAUCAUCUACUCCAACUUUAUUAGAACAACAAGCAAAGAAACAACAAAUUAAAUUUAAUGAAAUUGUUGAAUAUUCAAAACAAGUUAAUCAUAUGAUGAGUUCAAUUUUAGAAAGUACUGCAACUCCAAAGGUUUUAGAUUUAAGUAAUAAAUCAAUUUCAUCCUCCUCAUCAUCAUCAUCUUCCUCAAAUGAUAGAACUAGUGCAAAUGAAAUUGAAAAACAAAAAUUAUUAAUUAAACAACAAGAAAGAAAAGUUAAACAACUUCAAUCAAAGAUGACAAAUUUCAUCUCAAGUUCAACUUGUCAAUUUGGUUUAAAUAAUUAUGCUGAUGCAAAUCAAUCCAGAAUGUUAAAAGAAUCAAUACCUUUAAAAAUUGCAAAUAUUACAAUUCCAAAUUUAAAUAUUAAUAAUAUCAAUAAUAAUAAUAACAAUACAAAUUCCUUAAUGUUGGAUAAAGAUAUUCAAGAAGCUUUAAAUUCAAAAACUUUAUCAAUUCAAUUAUUUACAAACCCUCAAACAUUUAAAGAAAUUCAUCAAGUUUUUGUAAAAUAA